AUGGUCGCACAAACUGAUCUCAGCAUCCAGAACCUAACAGGGGACUGGGUAGUGGACAAGUCCAAGACAAAAAACAUGGACGCGGCGCUUAAACUGCAAGGAGUCGGCUGGAUAAGACGCAAAGCCGUGACAUCGGGAACCAUAACCCUCAAAAUCAAACAGACUACCGGUCCACAGGGUGGCGGCGAACCAAUUACACGACUCAUGUUACAGCAAGGCCUCCGUGGUAUCUUCCCUGGGGUUGAGCAGACCACGACAUUGGACUGGACGGAGCACAAGCAGGUUGACGCAGUAUCGGGCGCUGCUAUUAUUGUUCGCAGUCGCUUUGUGAGAGGCGUCCGUGAUGCGGGUGGCCGAGUGAGGCCAAUUCUCGAUAUCCAGACGACAGCAGCUGGUAAGAGGGGGGAAAUCGAGGCCUACCUUGGUACUGCUGUUUCAGUUCCUCCUGAGGAUGGAGGGGGAGAUUCGCAUGAGAAGGCAUUUGUGCAGGACUUUAUUCGGUGUCCUGAUGGAGGGUGGACGGCUGAGCAGAUCUGGGCUGUGGAAAGUAUUGGAGAUGGGCUAUUUCUGACUUGCAAGGCUGUUGCUGCUAAGGGGUCUGACACUGAAGAAGCCUCUCUGGUGUACCAAUAUGGGGAGCAGGAGUAG